CGUACAACAAGUCCAGAACAGAGGCGGCACGUACCGGGGACGGAGAAUCCAGCAGAUUUACCAACCAGAGGUUUACCGGUUGCUGACCUUAGUGAGAACAAAUGUUGGAUGGAAGGACCAUCAUUCCUAAAAGACGGUGAAAGUACCUGGCCAACCAUACCUCCUAGUAAAGACGUACAGAAAUCUGACCAGUGUGAAAGGCGAUCAACCACGAAGACAUAUGCAACUAAGAACCAUGAAUUCACUAGCAUUGAUCCUACACACUUCUCAAGCCUCAAACGUCUAUAUCGUGUGACGGGUUGGAUUAAGCGGUUCAUCGCCAAUUGUAAGAUUCGUGGGAAAUCUGGACGAAACUAUGAAAGAACACUUUCUUCUGCUGAGAUCUCAGAUGCUGAGACGUUUUGGAUCAAACACACGCAAACAGAAUCUUUUCCUAAAGGCAUAAAUGAAAAAUCCCUAGUCCAAUUAAACCCGACAAAAGAUGAUAAUGACCUACUUCGUAUUAAUGGACGCUUACAUCUCGCUGAAGACAUCCCAUACGACACAAAGUAUCCUAUCCUCCUGCCAAAGAAUCACCACCUGACACGCCUUGUAGUUCUUGAUGCACAUGAGACACUUGGCCAUGGGUGUGGUAUAGAACAUACUUUAACACAAUUGCGAGUGCGAUUUUGGAUUAUGAAAGGACGGCGUGUAGUACGGAACAUCAUCAAGUCUUGUCCAGAAUGCCGACGAAGUUUUUCUAUGCAGACAGCCGGUCAAAUGAUGGCCCCUUUACCUAUAAUCGAUUAUGCAGGUCCUUUUUUAACAAAACAAGGACGUGGUAAGAUCAGAGCGAAACGCUACUUGUGCCUGUUCACCUGCUUAGCAACGAGGGCAGUCUAUCUGGAAAUGUCGUAUUCAUUAGAUACGGACUCGUUUAUCAACGCGUUUACCCGUAUGUCCUCAAGGAGGGGGACGCCUACCUAUGUUCUCACAGACGAUGGCACGAACUUUGUUGGUGCAGAACGUGAAAUGCGAGAACUGAUUGAAGCCCUCGACCACGACAGGAUCAUUCAAGGUACCAGCAAGCAUCAUCCCAUCGACUGGAAGUUUAAUCCUCCAUCUGCUCCUCAUUUUGGCAGAGUCUUUGAGGCGAUGAUUAAAAGUGCGAAGAAAGCAAUCAAAGCCAUAUUGGGAGAUGCAGAUAUCACAGACGAGGAACUACACACAGCCAUAUGCGGAGCUGAACGACUGUUGAAUUCCAGACCAAUCACAUACGUUGGCUCAGAUCCAUGACUGAAUAUGGUAGGAAACAUGAUUGAGGACACAUCUUUCAAGAACCUUGCUUAUGAUUGAUAGCAAUGAAAUAGGGCGGUAAUUUUCCACAUGAUCUUUUUGUCCUUUCUUGUGUAGAGGAACAAUGUUGGCUAACUUCCACUCGGCUGGAACCUGCGAUAGGCGGAGCGACUUAGUAAAUAGGUGAUGAAGUGAUGGAGCUACUUGGAAGGCACAUUCUUUUAGAAUGCGCGAAGGAAAUCCGUCAGGACCAUGAGCCUUUGACGGAUCUAAGUUCUGCAAGGCUUGGUAAACUUCUUCUACCGACAGGUCAAUUGAUGAAAUGCUUGAUAAUGGAGAAGAUGAAUCUGGUUGAAACGAAGGUGAUAGAUCCUGAAAGCAAGUGUAGACAGAUUGAAAGUACUCAUUAAACAUUGUCGCAAUGUCACUAGGUGUAUUAGCUUGUAAUCUACUCCCAGGAUUGUUAUUAUCGGAUCUUGAGACAGAGUUCGGUAUGCUUCCAGAAUUUGAAUUAAAUUUGAAUACGGACCAAAACGGUUGGGAUUCACCUUUAAAAAGCUGCCCAAGAAUGCGAAAAACGACUCUCUGCUUUCUUGUAUAACUUUUUUGACCUCGCUUCGUAAUCUGCUAAACUUUUCUUUGAGAUAGUCAGUUCCUUUAUGUAGAAAUUUCUUACGGGCAGUAGCUUUUUUACGAAUCUGGUGCAAGAUGGUUGGUGUUAUCCAAGGUGGUGAGCGACGCGGAUCUACAUACUUAGUGGGAAUACAAUUAUGAACAGCAGUCAACACAGUGUUCUUCCAAAUUGACCAAUCAUCAUCGAUACUCGUUUCCGUUACAUUGUUUCUCAUGAGAGAACAUAUGUCCAUGUCCGUUAGGCGUUUUCUUAGAUCGUCAAAUUUGGCUCGUCCAUAAUCGUAGACCAAACGUCGGUUUGUCAUGAUGUGAUUGGAUGCCGUAGAAAACGUAAAUCGAAUUAUUUUAUGAUCGGAGGACAUUCCUAAUUCUGAUGGAUCGCAGAUUUUUAUGAUCGAUAAUUGUUCUGGUUGGUUUGUUAUCACUAGAUCUAGAAUAUUUGAUUCUCUC